GCCUCCUCAGCCCCGGCCCGCCGCUCGACCUCCUCCGCCGCCGCUUGCCGCGGCCGCUUCAGCCGCCGCCUCAGCCCGGCCGGGCCGGGCCUCCGCCGCGGGCGGUGCACCGGGUCGGCGAGGACGGGCUGCGAGCGCAUGUGACACAGUUGUGGGCCAGACAGAUGAUGUGACUGCCCAGUGCCAGAUGUCCACGGAGGUUGGGGAAACUGCCGCAGGCAGAGGAGGGCAAGGUCUAAGGAUGCCCACGUGUCCUGGCAGAGUGUGAUAUUCAUCACCAGAUGCCAUCUGAGCCCAGUGGAGAGGAGCAACAGGAGCCACCUAGAGGGCUGCAGGCCUCCCCCAGAGCCUUCCGAUCCCUCUCUGUAGCAGGUGUUAGUGAGAAGGGAGAAGGACUCAGCUCUUCAACCUUCCAGAACUGCCAUGCAAGAGAUCUCUGGUGGACGAAGGGUUUGGUGGUGCUACCCCAUGCCUCUGCUGUGUUUCUGAAGCCAGAGCCAUGACCUGACACCCUGAUGCUACUGUCAGGGCCUCUGUGCAACUGGCACGUGCACCAUGGAACUCAAAGUGUGGGUGGAUGGAGUCCAGAGGAUCGUCUGUGGGGUCACGGAGGUCACGACUUGCCAGGAGGUUGUAAUAGCCUUAGCCCAAGCCAUAGGUCGAACUGGAAGGUACACCCUUAUAGAGAAAUGGAGAGACACUGAACGUCACUUGGCACCACAUGAAAACCCCAUUGUGUCCUUGAACAAGUGGGGGCAGUAUGCUAGUGAUGUGCAGCUCAUCUUGCGUCGGACUGGGCCAUCUCUCAGUGAGCGACCCACCUCAGACAGUGUGGCCCGCAUUCCCGAAAGAACUUUGUAUCGACAGAGCCUGCCCCCUUUAGCCAAGCUUCGGCCUCAGGUAGACAAGUCCAUCAGAAGGAGAGAGCCUAAAAGAAAAUCUCUCACCUUCACAGGAGGGGCCAAAGGGCUGACGGACAUAUUUGGAAAAGGUAAAGAGACUGAGUUUAGGCAGAAGGUGCUGAGUAACUGCAGGGCAACAGCAGAGGAGCUGACAAGGCUGAUCCGGCUGCAGACGGGGAAGCUGCAGGCCAUCGAGAAGCAGCUGGAGUCCAGUGAGGCAGAGAUUCGAUUCUGGGAGCAGAAGUACAGCUGUAGUCUGGAAGAAGAGAUUGUCCGCCUAGAGCAAAGGAUCAAGAGAAAUGACGUGGAGAUCGAGGAGGAAGAGUUCUGGGAAAACGAAUUACAGAUCGAGCAGGAGAACGAGAAGCAGCUGCAGGAUCAGCUGGAGGAGAUGAGGCAGAAAGUAGCCGACUGCGAAGGCAGGCUAAAGGACUACCUGGCCCAAAUCCACACGAUGGAGAGUGGUCUCCAGGCAGAAAAACUGCACCGGGAAGUUCAGGAGGCACAGGUCAACGAGGAGGAGGUGAAAGGAAAGAUCGAAAAGGUCAAGGGGGAGGUGGACCUUCAAGGACAACAGAGCCUACGCCUGGAGAACGGAAUUAGAGCGGUGGCGAGGUCUCUGGGGCAGGCCACCAAGAGGUUACAGGACAAGGAGCAGGAGCUGGAGCAGUUGACCAAAGAGCUGCGGCAGGUCAACCUCCAGCAGUUCAUCCAGCAGACAGGGACCAAGGUCACUGUGCUGCCGGCCGAGCCCACUGAAAUCGAGGCCUCGCAGGCAGACAUAGAGACAGAGGCACCUUUCCCGUCUGGGUCCCUGAAGCGACCUGGUUCAUCACGGCAGCUCCCCAGUAACCUCCGUAUCCUGCAGAACCCUGUCUCCUCCGGUUUUAACCCUGAAGGCAUCUAUGUAUAGCACUGUCUUCGGGGGAGGAUUCAGCGAAGGCGCCAUGAACAGUAAGGUCCUUCAGUCUUGUGCCAACUGAACAGAGCAACUGUUCCCAAGCCGUGUCCUCUCUCCCGGCCACUCGGAGCCACGCUCCGUGCACUGAUGCUCCACAUGGAGUCCGUUCUCUUCGCAGUAUUCACGUGUGGUCCGCAGCUGGAACGCAAAGCCUUCGUUUUUAUUUGUAGCAUUUUGAGAGCAUAGGAAAGCACUAAUCUAUGUACACGAAUACACCCUGAAUUAAGAGUAAAGAAGUUAUGUGACUGCUUAGUUUAAUUUAUUCCAUGUAAUUGAUUAAUGUAUGAAUGUUGCUCCUUAAUAUUUUAUUAAUGCUUGCCCUGUGACGGUUCUGUUACAUGUUGUGGGUUCCGACUGUGUUGACAGACUCCGUCUGAGCUUUACCCGUGCACAGCUGCGCGGGCCUCGCGGAUGCACCACCAUCCAGACUGCCUCCACGGAGCCCACUGCACUUACGUGCAGCCUUCUUAGCCCUUUCAUAAGUGAGAUAAUUCAGCUUGCUUUCUAGUCUGGGAGUUAAUCGUUCCUUUACAGUAUUCCAAACAUGGCAUCACAGAAAUACCGUUAACAAGGUAAAUUGUUUGUGUAAAAUGUUUGUGAUCACAGCGGUCCUGGUGCACUCUGGGAGGCUCUCCUGCCUUACUGUCUCCUCCCGUGGGUCCUCGUGUCUGAUAGAACAUGAGGAGGAGAGGUCCCUGGGGAUCGGGUUGGUGCACAUUGGGAACCAUGCACAGUGACCACUUCAGAACAAGCCACUUCCUCUGUGAACUUCAUGCCAUGCACAGCCGGGUGAGUGCUGCUCGCCAUGACUUCCAACGUGGACUGCGUGCUUUCUCUAGACAUGGAGAGAGGAGAGAGUGCUGUGGUCCGGUAGUUUUUUUUUACCAAGGACAUAAAAUUAAAUUCAGAGUAUGUUUUUUAUUUUUAAGUUUGACUCUAUAGGAUAUUAGUCUCCAUUUAUAUUUAUAUCAUCUGUGUACAAAGCCAAAAAUGAGUCAGCCCUGUUGUCGUGAGCAGUGACGUCCACCAGGAACAUUCAGACAGGUGCUGUCAGGUGCCUCACAGCCCUCACCUUCUCCUGAGUAAAUGGGUACAACGUGACUAAGACUUUAAUCUGAGAGUUAAAGUAGCUUUUAAUCCUGAGGAGAAUGCACCCUCUGUGUUAUUUACAUGCAGUGACAUGAGCAUGGCUAGGACAGUAGUGCCAUCCCAUCACGCAGUUGAGGGUGCACACACAUCCAGCCUGAUGAAUGUUUAAUGAAGCUGAGAAUGCUGCUUUAUUUUGGUUUCCAGUGAAAGAAUUUAAGAAUGACUGUGAAGUAGUAGACACUUCUAGAGAACUGAAAUUCGUGCAAUGUUGCCUUCUUACCCAAGUGAAUCGCAGACUUCAACUGAAUGCUGACUUGCCCAGUAGGUCUUGCUCUCACCGCUUUGCAGAUGACUUGAGAAGUAAAUUCUUUCUGAAGUAACCAUCACCUGGACACAUUUGCUCCAGAUUGUAACAGUUGUUUCAUAUCUGUAUACAUUUAAAAGUAAUUAUUCAAAGUCAGAGUAAUUGGCAGCUUUGGUGACACCAGUGAGUCCACAUGCCCAGGACCUGCCUUACUCGCCGACUCUUCCUCACUGAGUCGCUGCGUUGUUCAGCUAUGUUGAAACCUUGUUCAUAAACGAAAACAUUGUACAAAUGGCUUAUCUUUGAUUUAAACCAAAUGUUAGCUGCAGGUAGGUUAAAGUCUAUGAAAACACGAAAGAUGAAGCUGGGCGUAGUGGCUCACGAUGGUGGUUCUAACACUCAGGAGGCCGAGGCAGGACUGCUAGCAUGGGGUCUGGUGUGAGACCCUGUAGAAAGAGGGAGAACUGCACACGUCCCUUGGGAUUCCUGGCAGGGCACUGUGCACAGCACACUCAGCUGUGAACGGCCAGACUUAACUAGGAACCUAAGCAGGAUGGCUCACCCCACCAGCUCCCAGCAGUACUGGCCUCCACCACUGUCACCUCUGAACUUAGCCGGCUGCCAUUCAGGCCUCCCUGCCCUCCUGACGGGCGGAUGCAGCCAUACGAGUUCACAAACACGCGAGUAGCGAGCGGUGCUGUGUCACCAGUCACAGGACCUUCGCAGGCACACCACUGUCAAGUGUUUUCUAAAUCCUUUUUUAGCUCGGGGAAAACAACUAAUUUGUGUAGGAACAUCUGAAAAUAUUUUAGUCUGCUGUCACAGUCUUUGCCUAUUGUGACUGUAAAUGAAUUGGCUUUUGAACCCUACCUCUGGCAUAUGUCAGAGGGGUGCAGCCAAUGGUAUUCAAAAACUACCAAAUAUAAGUUUGCAUAUGGAAAAAUAUACAGGUUCUAAAUAAUAAAUUAGAUCACAAGUUUUUGUGGCUUUUUAAUUAGUACUGCAGGUUAUAUUAUGUGGUUUUUCUACAGGUAUUAACUAUAUUACAAGUUUUUUUCUUACCAAUGAAUAAUUUGAAUAUCAUUGGUCUCUUUGACCUAUAGAGCAUCCUCUUUCUCAGAGAAUCACCCACAGUGGGUUACCUCAGUUUUGUUGUGUGUCUUUUCAUUUCCUUUCUAUUGUGGCUGUGAGUGUUCCUCCAGUGAACAGGGACGUUUUGUAUGUGAGGCUUCAGUUGACAGGGGUUGCCCUCUGACCAUGCAGGUUGAUGGACAGCCAUCAGGGAGCAGUUGACAGGAGUUGCCCUCUGACCGUGCAGGUUGAUGGACAGCCAUCAGGGAGCAGUCAGAGCUCCAUCCAGCAGUCUGCACAGUGAAGCUGCAGCUCGCGGUACUCCACAUGGAGUGUAGCAGCACAGACUGACAGCUGAGACGGUGCAGUCCUGUGGUGACCACAGAGGCCUUCAGAGACAAGAACUCUUCACUUAGAGUGACAUAUAGGAACACCUUUCCAAGUUAGGACCUUGAUAGAUUGAGGAAACAAUGUGGAAAAGACAAAGACCUGAUUUCAGGCAGGCACAGAGAGACAGGCAGUUAGCAUUGGAUGUUGCCUUUGACGGGUUAGGCCUUAAUGUAUAUUAAAAGAUGCUCUGUGUGCUUCCCCAGCACACGCCUGUCUUGAUCGGUAGAUACUGUGGUGAGGCCAGCUCGGAAGUAUUCCUUCUGUGUCGUGCCAGUGUUUUUAAGUUGUAUGUUCGUACUGUCCGCUGUGGUGUUUUAAGUCCCGGGAGAAGGCUGCCGGCUGUGUCGAGUCACGGCCAUCAGUAUUCACUCAGUAUUGCUGCUCCACAUUUUCCCAGUGCGCCUUCCAUGCCAGGACAUGGCUGCGUCAGUCGCGGGAGCGCCUUCCCAUUCAUUUUAUAUAUUUUUAGAAACCAAAUGAUGGCAAUGGCUAUGUAGUGUAUUGUUAAACCAGCAGAACUCUAAAGGCAAUAAACACAUGCAUAUAUAUAUAUAGGGGAGGGGAAGGAGUGGAAAUACAGGUUUACAGCCAGAUACGGUGAUAGCCCUUCAGUGUAUUUCUCUGUCUUCACUGACCUAGAAGGAUUUGAGUUGCUGCAGCUCUAGACAAAAUGUCCACGUUUGCUGAUUGUGGGCCAUAAAUAUGCUUUUAGCACUGCUUUGCUGAUGUAUAAAUAAGAAAUCUGUAAUAUGUACCAUAUGUAAUUAUUUUCUUUUGACUUUAUUUCAAAAUGUAUAUUUUCUGAUUAUUAUCAUGAGCUAUAAAGCAAAAAGAUCAAUAUCUGAUAUUCUCCCAAAUAAUAAAUUUUCAAGAUUCAUUGGGGCAA